CAUAUUACAAAUCCUUAUAAAUAAGAACAAGCAUAACCUGCACAAGUAUUGUAGAAAACGUGCGAUGUAUUUUAAACAUUUCAGAUGAAAUAUUUUCUUAUCAGUAAUGACCGUAUUUCAUGACGAAAUUGAGAUUGAAGACUUCGAAUACGACGAAGAGGAAGAGAUCUAUUACUAUCCUUGUCCUUGCGGAGAUAGAUUUCAAAUCACCAAGGAGGAAUUAUUAUCCGGAGAAGAAGUAGCCACCUGCCCUAGUUGCUCCUUAAUCAUCAAAGUAAUUUAUGAUUUGGAUGACUUCCAAGCACAAUCGGAAGAAGUAAAAUCAAAAACAUCAGAAAAAAAGACUGAAAUAACACAAUGA